AUGAUGCCUGGCACGGCACCUAACAUAAACAUGUUUAUGAUGCCUAGCAGGGCACCUGGCAUGAACAUGUUCAUGGUGUAUGGCACGGCACCUGGCAUGAACAUGUUUAUGAUACGUGGCACCGGUUUAUGCGGGCGCGGCAGCGGCGGCGGCGACGGCGGUGAGCGCAGGUACAAAAGCAACAUGCAGCUGCAGAACGAGCCCGGGCCGGAUGCGUGCACCAUGCGGGCUGCAGCCAUGCAGACAGACUGCACUCAACUGGGUACUGGUCAUGGCCGUUCCCUCAGUGCGGGGUCCCUCUCUUUGCUGACUAGAGAGACUUCCUAUUGA